CCGAUCGCAAGGCUCCCCGUCGAGCUCCUCUCGUACAUCUUCAUCCUCGGAGCGCACACGCCAGACGCGGGCGAUGCGGAUUUGGAAGAGGACGGCCCCGAAGAAUCCUGCGGAGGGGGUGGAUCGACGCACGACGGCAAGGAGGACAUCUCCCCCUGCAUAUCCUCGUCGUCUACUCCCCCAGAUGUAUUCGCCGCUGUCAACAGGCACUGGCGCGAGGUCGCUCUGGGCACCUCGCAGCUUUGGAGCCGAAUUUGUGUGACGAUCGGAGACCUCGCGCACAGCGGCGGGGGAGGAUGGUUUCCCAAAGCCUCCCGAUACGUGUCGCGCUCCGGGAGGUGUCCUCUUGACGUCUACAUUGACGCGCGAGACCCUGAGUGGGAUUUCUCGGAAAACGACUCAUUUGGCGCCGUCGUCAGCCCGUACAUCGACGAAACAUACGAUUACACUCACCCGUUCAGGGUCGAACACAUGCACUAUGUGCUGAACAUCCUACUGCCGCACAUUGCCCGCGUGCGCUCCUUGGCCAUUCUGACGGACAGGUGGUCGCCCAUGGAGGUCGCGCUGGAGUGCCUGAGCUUCGAGAACCCGCUUCUUCCCAUACUGGAAAGUCUGGUGCUGAUGCGCUGCAACGAGUUCGUGAGCUACAACCCCCACUUCAGCCCCAGGGAGCGCAGGGAUUCAUAUCGCCUACCAUUCCGCGGACUCCUAUUCGCUCCAAAACACGCGCCCUCGCAAAGUCCGCUGCUCCCUCGUCUUCGGGUACUGUCGCUGUCGGGCGUCCACCUUGACUGGUCUUCUCUUCCUUCCCUCCUUCCCUCAUCGACGUCACCAGGGGGACCAGGUCUUCGGCAUCUAGAACUGUCAUAUCACAGCGCCGACGUUCGCCCCAGUGAGAAGGAGUUCAGAGAUAUCAUCGGAGUCUGCCAAUCCCUGAAGUCCUUGACGAUCUGCGUAUCGGGCCCACGAAGUUCCGCCAGCGCUCCCCCUUGCGGUCCUGAGAGCAGAGAGCAGCCCGUCGCGCUCCCGUACCUCACGAAGCUCGAGCUCGGAUACGACGACAUACAAGCCGCGACCACAGUGCUUAGAGUCAUCGAUACCACCGGAGCGACGCACGUCACCCUCGAAGAUGCUUCUUCCCCCGAGCGCGACGAGACGUUGGAUGCCGACACCCUUCUCAUGGCCUGCACGAAGGCAGCACCGGCCGGGAGCGCCAACUGCGGACGGCCCCUCUUUGCCCGUGCCCGAUCUGUCACGCUCCGAAGGGUGGAGGCGUCUGCAGAGGCGUUCGAGGCAUUCUACACGGCACUCCCCGAGCUCGGGGAGCUGACCGUCGCGCAGAUGUUCUUGCUGGGAGGCGAGGCACUC